GUAUCCAUGCAGUUAUGCAUAGAGUAAACAAACUACUAAGCCGCUGUCUGAUCACUAGGUUAUCACCAGACAUCAUUAUCAGUGCAUACAAGAUUACAACUCAGUCAGUCCACAGACAGUGAUGAAGCUACUGUUUAUAUUCUUUGUGUCUGUGAGUGUUAGUGUAACUACCAAUGAAGUUCCAGGUCCAAACCAACCUUUGUAUUUGACACCUUACAUCGAAUCAGGAAGAAUUUACGAUGCCCGACUCUUAGCUCUUGUGCCGCCCAUGUUAGAAGGUUUAAUCAGUUUUUCAGGUUACUUGACCGUCGAUAAACAAUACAACUCAAACUUAUUUUUCUGGUUUUUCCCAAGCGAAACUUCGUGGGAGACGAAGCCGGUGUUGUUGUGGCUACAAGGAGGUCCAGGAGCUUCAUCAUUGUUGGGACUUUUGUUUGAAAACGGUCCGAUUCGUUUGACAAAGGUAGGGUUGAAAAAGAAUCCUUACUCGUGGUCGAAACUGUACAACGUAAUUUACAUUGAUAAUCCAGUGGGAUCGGGAUUCAGCUUUACAAAUGAUUCCCGAGGUUAUCCGACGACACAAGAUGAAAUCGGCAACACUGUGCACAACGCUUUGCUCCAACUUUUCGCUUUGUUCCCGGAAAUAAAAACCAAUAGUUUUUUCCUCACUGGAGAAUCGUACGCAGGAAAGUACAUCCCUUCAGUAGCAUAUUCUAUAUACAAAAACAAGUUUAAUUCCACAUUAAAAAUUAACCUUCAUGGACUAUUUAUUGGAAACGGAAUGGUUGAUCCCGUAAAUAUGUUACACUACGGAGACUACCUUUAUCAAUUGGGGUUAGUCGAUUCAAACGGGAAAAAAAUGUUCCAACAGUACGAGAAAAUUAUUGCAGAAAAAAUUUCAUCACAACAAUGGACCAAAGCGACAGAAAUAUUCUCAAUGAUGGUGAUGGACUACUACUACUCUAAUUUCACCCUCUAUAACAACCUGACUGGGCUCAAACUACACUAUAACUACAUCAACGACCAGGAGGGCGAUAAUGAUUUUCAACCUUUUGUAACCAACACAUCCAUCAGAAACGCACUUCACGUGGGAGAGAAUCAGUUCAAUGAUGGAAAAACAAUAGCUCUAGCGUUAAAAGAUGAUAUCAUGAAGUCAGUUAAGAGUAAUGUUGAAGAGUUGCUAGAAAACUACAGGGUACUCUUUUACUUUGGACAACUUGAUGUAAUAUGUGCUUACCCGUUGGGCGAACAAAUGAUACAACAAUUUAAUUGGAGUGGUAAAGCAGAAUUCCAACAGGCGCAGAGACGUGUGUGGUGGGUGCAUGAAGAUCUAGCCGGCUACUGUAAAAGUGGGGGAGGGUUGACGGAAGUGAUGGUUAGAAACGCCGGUCAUCUGGUGCCUGCUGAUCAACCAGUUUGGACUCUCGAGUUAUUGAAUAAAUUUGUGUCUGGCACUGAAUGUUAGUGGACGAUUAUCUGUAGGUCUAGGCAACAAACGUUAGAGAACAGGUAUACGCUUUUUAUUUUAUGAUUUCAAUAUAUGAAUGUAACUUGUAUGUAGUGCUGGGGGUAUAUGUCUCAAAGCUCUCAAAUGAAUUUCUUACUGUCAAAAUGUCAAAACGACCAUUUUUUAAAUGUUCAUAGCUAAGAAAAAAAUGAACGUAAUUUAGUUGAGCAACAGCUACACUGAUUAAAUUAAAAUUUAACGUUGAAUACACCAAAUUUUUAACAAAGCCAAACUAAAAGUUAAAGUUUUCACAAUGAAUUGAAAGUUAGAAAUUCAUUGUGUUCCUAAUGAAAGAUAAACAAAAUGUUUAACUAGCAACACCUGUUUGAAGCCAGAUAUGUGACUGUCAUUUUGACUGAUAUUCAAUUAAAACCUGGUAAUGUCUCCAAUUUCUCUUUCUGGGUCUGAAGCAAACAUGUUCAUUUAUUUUUAAGAUUAAUAUUCUUAGCUAUUUUCUUCUAGGUUGUACCUUUGGCUAUUGAUAAUUAAUUGACUUCAGUAUCCAAUAGUCAAUGGUUGUACCUUGUUGUACUUUAGAAUAGGAAUUCUUACUUGCGAUUAAAAAGGAAGAUUUUUACACAACAGCUGUUCAGCCAAAUGGUUACAAUGCUUGUCUAACAGUCAAAAAGUUGCCGGUUCAAUUAUAAGAAAAAGUAGAAGCUUCAUGAUGAUUUAAAAUUGAACCCACCUGCCCAUGAGCAUAGGGCAAUUAAGUGGUCUUGGCUAGUAAAUAGCUAAUCUUGGUAAGUUCCAAAGCUACAGAUCAUCUCACUCCAUUCAAAUACGCACCUACGUGUGUGUCUGUCUAAAAAUAUUUUGAAAUGAGUGAUAACUACAGAUAGGCUAUAUCACAAACAUUGUAAAUAUUUCUACGUAUCCGUAUCUUUCCCCUCACACGAAGUCAGCAAAUUGAUAGAGCUAAAUACUAGUUAGAUAAAAUACAUAAAAAUGUUCUAAUUUGAUAUACAUCUGUGAUACCAAUGGUUUACUGACAAUAAAUGAAAUAGCUUUUUUGUGUAUUAAUUUAGUCAAAAGUGCAUCAUUGCCACUCAGCUGAGGGUGGCCAUACAUUUUGAGAGCGACACUGACUGUUUGUGCUCGUAAUACACACACAGCUUUUCCCACCACCAUAACUAACCAUAACCACACACAAAUACACUUUUUAGUUGUAGGCCUAUGUAAAAUGUAAUAAUUUAGAUUAUGUUUGCUUUUUUAGGUUAGAGAAAAGAAUUUAUUUAUAAAAAUAAAUACCUCCGCCUUAAACAAUAAGGUUGCCAAUGACACAGAAAAAUAGUACACAUAAAAUAUCUAAGGAUUAUACAGCCAUAUAGAUGAUUUCUCAUUAUGGUCAAUGAACCUCUUAAUGUUUCAUGAAUAAUAAUUUUCAAAAAGGAUCUGUCCAAAUCAUAUUGUUUCCAAAAGUUCAAAAAAAAUUUUGAUAAUGUUCCUCUAGAACCAAUAAACAAUCCAAUCACCUCAAUUUUUGUAAUUUUAAAAUUUUGCUUGAAAUAUUCAAAGGUAGAAUCAUAAAUUUUUUUCUUUUCUUCAUUUCUUUCGUUAGCUUGAUUUAUGUUUGUUUCAAAUCGAAUUGUAGGAUCGAGAAUUAUGCCUUUGUUAGUAUCUCUCUCAAUCAAUAAAAUAUCUACUCUUCUGGUGCUUCCAUUAGAAGAAAGACAGUGUACUUCUUCUUGCACUUCCCAUGUAUCUGCUUACUCAAUGUUAGUUUUUUUUUAGAAACCCCAACAAUAAAAUUAGCGAGCAGGAAU